CCAUGUUUAAUGUCGGAUAAACUCCUAAUAGGUCCAAAGCUUCACCUGUCACUACUUGCUCUGUUGCACACUACUAUCUGCUUUGAAAUACCACUUCAUAAACCUAAUUAGUUCUUAAAAAUUGACCGAAACUAAUCAUCUGGUUUAUUUAUUGGUCAUAUAAUACACAGAAUCACAUGCAUUUGUGGUUCUUCUUUCAACCACUUUCUCAUAAACUAGGCAUAUCACUCUUUGCCAGUGUUGUGUCAUCCCCAUAACCUUCUUCCUCAGUUUCACUAGAAUGCAAAUGAUGGACAACUGAGCCAUUAGAAUGAAGAAGAACAAGAUGCAAAUGAAAAUGCAGCUUUUCAUCUUCUUCUGUUACAUUGGUUGUUUCUCCUAUAGUUUUGCUGCUGCUGCCACAAAUGAUGAAGUAUCAGCUUUGCUUUCUAUAAAAGAAGGUCUCGUUGAUCCGUUGAACACCCUUCGAGAUUGGAAACUGCAUGACAAUGAACCAGGAAAGGAUGCAGCUCACUGUAACUGGACUGGCAUCAAAUGCAACUCAGCUGGAGCAGUAGAGAAGCUUGACCUCUCCCACAAGAAUCUCAGUGGCAGGGUAUCCAAUGAUAUACAAAGACUUAAAAGUCUUGCUUCACUUAAUUUGUGUUGCAAUGCUUUUUCAUCCCCAUUGCCUAAAUCCAUAGCCAAUCUCACCACACUUAACAGUCUUGAUGUAAGCCAAAAUUUCUUCAUUGGUGACUUUCCAUUAGGCCUUGGAAGGGCAUGGAGACUUAUAGCCUUAAAUGCAUCCAGCAAUGAUUUCUCAGGUUCUCUUCCUGAGGACCUUGGAAGUGCCUCUUCCUUAGAGAUGCUGGAUCUCAGAGGCAGCUUCUUUGUAGGGUCAGUUCCAAAAUCAUUCAGCAACUUGCAUAAGUUGAAGUUCCUUGGUCUAUCUGGGAACAAUCUCACUGGUAAAAUUCCUGGAGAGCUGGGACAACUUUCAUCACUGGAGUAUAUGAUCCUUGGGUAUAAUGAAUUUGAAGGUGGUAUUCCAGAAGAGUUUGGCAAUCUCACUAAUCUUAAGUAUCUUGAUUUAGCAGUAGCCAAUCUUGGUGGUGAGCUUCCAAGAGGAUUGGGAGAACUCAAGUUAUUGAAUACAGUUUUCUUAUACAACAACAAUUUUGAAGGCAGAAUUCCAACAGCAAUUGGCAACAUGACUUCUUUGCAGUUGCUGGAUCUUUCUGAUAACAUGUUGUCUGGAAAAAUUCCAGCUGAAAUAAGUCAGCUGAAGAAUAUGAAGCUUCUUAACUUGAUGGGAAACCAGCUGUCUGGUCCUGUGCCUUCUGGCUUUGGAGAUUUGCCACAAUUGGAGGUACUUGAGCUAUGGAACAAUUCCUUGUCAGGUCCAUUGCCUAGUAACCUUGGCAAGAAUUCACCAUUGCAAUGGUUGGAUGUCUCAUCCAAUUCACUCUCUGGAGAGAUUCCAGAAACUCUUUGCAGCCAGGGCAAUCUCACCAAGCUCAUACUAUUCAACAAUGCCUUCUCUGGUCCAAUUCCAUCGAGCCUAUCAAUAUGUCCUUCACUUGUUCGUGUUCGAAUUCAGAACAAUUUCCUUUCUGGGACAGUUCCUGUGGGUCUUGGCAAGCUUGGGAAGCUUCAAAGGUUAGAAUUGGCUAACAAUAGUCUUUCAGGUGGAAUUCCAGAUGACAUUGCUUCUUCCACAUCCCUUUCCUUCAUUGAUCUCUCAAGAAACAAACUCCAUUCUUCUCUUCCUUCCACUGUCCUUUCAAUUCCAAAUCUGCAAGCUUUCAUGGUCUCCAACAACAACUUGGAAGGUGAAAUCCCAGACCAGUUCCAGGACUGUCCAUCCCUGGCAGUUCUUGAUCUCUCAUCAAAUCAUCUAUCUGGAAGCAUUCCAGCAAGCAUUGCUUCAUGUCAGAAGUUGGUAAAUUUGAACCUCCAAAACAACCAAUUCACUGGUGAAAUCCCAAAAGCACUAGCUAAGAUGCCUACAUUGGCCAUGCUUGAUCUUUCCAAAAAUUCCUUGACAGGCCAAAUACCUGAAAGCUUUGGAAUUUCUCCAGCCCUGGAAGCACUCAAUGUCUCAUACAAUAAGCUAGAAGGUCCAGUCCCAGCAAAUGGAAUACUAAGAACUAUAAACCCAAAUGAUCUUGUGGGCAAUGCUGGCCUAUGUGGUGGUGUCCUCCUUCCAUGUGACCAAAAUUCUGCAUACUCAUCAAGGCGUGGAAGCUCACGUGCAAAGCACAUUGCCACAGCUUGGAUCACUGGAAUAUCAACAAUCCUAGUUAUUGGUAUUGCAAUUUUGGUAGCAAGAUCUUUGUACGUAAGAUGGUACACGGAAGGGUUUUGCUUCCAAGAAAGAUUCUAUAAGGGUGGCAAAGGGUGGCCUUGGAGAUUGAUGGCAUUUCAGAGGCUUAGUUUUACAAGUACUGACAUUCUAGCUUGCAUCAAGGAAACAAAUGUGAUUGGAAUGGGAGCCACAGGGGUGGUUUAUAAGGCUGAGAUACCACAAUCAAAUACAGUUGUGGCAGUGAAAAAACUGUGGAGAACAGGAACUGAUAUUGAAGUGGGAGGCAGUGAUGACCUCUUGGGAGAGGUUAAUGUUUUAGGGAGGCUAAGGCAUAGGAACAUUGUUAGACUAUUAGGAUUUCUUCAUAAUGACGUUGAUGUGAUGAUAGUUUAUGAAUUCAUGCAUAAUGGCAACCUGGGAGAUGCCUUGCAUGGUAGACAAACAACAAGACUUCUUGUAGACUGGGUUUCACGCUAUAACAUAGCUCUAGGAGUUGCACAAGGACUUGCUUAUCUUCAUCAUGAUUGUCAUCCACCCGUUAUUCAUCGAGACAUCAAGUCAAAUAACAUAUUGCUUGAUGCAAAUCUUGAGGCAAGGAUAGCAGAUUUCGGUUUAGCCAAGAUGAUGAUCCGGAAGAAUGAAACAGUCUCCAUGGUUGCUGGAUCCUAUGGCUACAUUGCCCCUGAAUAUGGAUAUGCCUUGAAGGUGGAUGAGAAGAUUGAUGUUUACAGUUAUGGAGUAGUUUUGUUGGAGCUUCUCACAGGAAAGAGGCCCUUGGAGCCAGACUUUGGAGAGUCAAUAGACAUAGUAGAGUGGAUCAGAAUGAAGAUUAGAGACAACAAAUCUCUAGAAGAAGCAUUAGACCCUAGUGUAGGAAACAGCAGGCAUGUUGUGGAAGAGAUGCUUUUAGUUCUAAGAAUAGCAAUUCUUUGCACUGCCAAGCUCCCUAAGGACAGACCAACCAUGAGGGAUGUCAUAAUGAUGCUUGGAGAGGCAAAGCCUCGCAGGAAGAGCAGUGGCAACGAUGCAGCUAACAGCAAAGAGACCCCAGUUUUUAGCACUUCACCAGUUAAUGGGCUAAUGUAGGAGCCAAAAAUCAGUUCAUCCUGUCCAUCAACCAGUUUACAGCUGUAAUUUUGUAAUCAGCUAUGCAUAUUCAUCUUUAACAUUUUAAUUGGUAUAUCAAGAUGUAUUGAUUUUUGCAAAUAAAUUUUCUUUUGUA